AUGGCGACUUCUAUAAUUUUUUUCGAUUUUGUCUUCUCUUUUAUUUUUCCUUUUAUUUAUUGUCUUUCUUUUUUUCUUCAUUUUUUUUUUCAUUUUCCUUCAUUUCUUUCUUUCUUUCUUCUUUAUCACUUUCUUCCUUUUCUUUUUCUAUUAUUUUUAAAUCUUUUAUAUAUUUUUCUUUUCCUUUCUUUCUACUUUUUUUUCUUUAUCUUUCCUUUCUUUCUUUCUUUUUUCUUUCUUUCUUUCUUUUUUCCCUUCUUUUUUGUCUUUAUCUUUUUAUUUCCUAUCAUUUUUUCUUUCUUUCCUUUUCCUGUUAUUUUGUCUUUCAUUCUGUUUCCUAUCAUUUUUUUUUUUUUUUUUUUCCUUUUUCCUUUCUCAUUUUUUUUAUUUUCUUUUCAUUUUUUUUCCUAUCAUUUACUCUUUCUUUUUUUCUUAUUAUUUUCUCUUUCUUUCUUUUCCUAUCACUUUCUCUUUCAUUUUUAUCAAAAGAAGGAGAAAAUCAUUUUUUUUUUCCUUCUUUUUCCUAUCAUUUUUUCUCUUUCUUUUUCUAUCAUUUUCUCUCCUUCUUUUCUGAUUUUAUCUUUUUCUUUCCUGUCUUUUUUUCUUCUUUUUCUUUAUCUCUUUCUUCCUUACCAUUUUCUCUUUUUUCUGUUUCCCAUCAUUUUGCUUUCUUUCUUUUUCUAUCAUUUUCUUUUUUUCUUUUCCAAUCAAUUUUCCUAUCAUUUCUUUCUUUUUUUUGUCAUUUUCUUUCUUUUUAUUUUUAUCAUUUCUCUUUUUCUCCCAUCAUUUAUCUUUCUUUUUCCAAUAAUUUUCUCUUUCUUUCUUUUUACUAUUAUUUUCUUCCCAUUUUACUAUGAUUUAUCUUUUUCCUAUAUUUUUCUUUCUUUUUCCAAUCAUUUUCUUCUCUCUAUAUUCCCCUAUCAUUUCUUUUUCUUUCGUUACUGA